GGCUUGACCGAAGGCUUGAGAUUCUCGCGAGGUGAGCCGACAAGUAAUGCAGAUGCCUUCAAUAAGGCGAUUGCACUAUUUUUACGCUUCGAUGUCUUUCCAUGCGUGAUUUUAUCAGUCAUUAUGAUGAUCCAGUUAUUCUAGAGAGGGAGAUGAGACAUUAUACCCAGAUCACAGGGGGAGGGAAACAUUACAACCAAAGUGUCCGAGGCUGCACCUGAUAUCAAACAAACAGGGAAGAAGAGGACCUGGCUCUAUCAUUCCGCUUCACGCUGCUGUUAAUGUUUUAUGUCUCUUACUAUCUGGAUUUUGCUUCGUGCACACAUUAUCCCGGACAUCAAACCGCAAAAUGAGUGAGGCAAUAUCAGAUGUCCCGAAAGAACUGCUUGAGAGUGUUAAGGAUGCUGUGGGGAGGAAGAUCAAACUGGUGGUUAAGAAGAGAGUUAAACUGGAGAUCAAAGGAGACAAGGUGGAGAACAGAAUCCUGGCAUUGGCGUCUCACCGGGCGUACCUCCUCAGUGCACGAAUCCCCACCAAGGUGGAGCAGACUUUCAAUUAUCUGGAGAUUCAAGGCAUCACAUGUAACAAACCCACACAGUUUGCAGUGGAAUAUGAGCGCGGUCAGAUUUCUCUGAAGAUGGCAUCUACAGAGGAGGUGAAUGAGGUGGUGGCUCACAUAGGCAGCUGUUUACAGAGGAUCUGCCCCGGCCUGCCACCUCUGAAGGUGAUGAAGAGGUUGUCCAUGGAUCCUCCUGAGAGAAUCGGCUCUCUGCAGACCCUUUGGGAGAAUCAGAGUGGAUCUGAGCCGGGGCCCUGUGGGGGUUUCUCGCAGCAGUACAGGUGUGUGUGUGAUUGGUUAGGCCUUCCUUACAAAGAAGAGGUUCAGUGGGAUGUGGACACGAUUUAUCUGACACAGGACACAAGAGAACUGAACUUGCAGGACUUCAGUCAUCUAGAGAACAGGGAUUUGGUGGCGAUAAUCGCAGUGCUGGAAUACAACCAGUGGUUCACCAAGCUCUCCACCAAGGAUUAUAAACUGUCUGCAGAUGUCUGUGAUCAAAUUCUGAGAGUUGUGACCCGAUCGAGUCGGCUAGAGGAGCUGGUUCUGGACAAUGCUGGUCUCAAAACGGAUUUUGCACAGAAAUUGGCAAAUGCCCUCGCCCACAAUACCAACUCAGGACUGCACACCUUAAACCUUGCCAACAAUCCUCUCGAGGACAGAGGAAUUGCCUCUCUGGGUGCACAGUUUGCCAAACUCCGCAAGGGCUUCAAGCAUCUGAACUUCUCCAGAACCUCAUUGUCACCCAAAGGGGUGAACAGCCUUGCUCAGUCACUGAGUGCCAACCCGUCCACCCCCAACACACUCACCCAUCUUGACCUCUCAGGAAAUGUGCUGCGGGGGGAUGACCUUCCGAAUUUCUACAAUUUCCUUGGCCAGCCCAACACCCUGCACACCCUGGACCUGUCCAACACAGACUGCUCACUUGACUUGGUGUGUUCUGCGCUGCUCAGAGGUUCUGUCCAGCACCUCACCGUCCUUAAUGUGUCAAAAAGCAUCUUUGCCCUCAGGAAAGGUAAAGACGCACCUCCUGCGUUUAAGCACUUUUUCAGCAGUGCAAUGGUUCUCAACACUAUCAACGUUUCAGGAACCAAAUUACCCCCAGAGGCCUUGAAAGCUCUUCUGUUGGGUCUGGCCAGUAAUCUCAGUGUUAAAGACGUCUCUCUGGACCUCAGCUGUUGUGAGCUGCGGUCCGGAGGCUCCCAGAUCCUGGAGGGCUGCAUUGCUGAAAUUCCCAACAUCUCCUGUCUGGACAUCUCUGAUAAUGGUCUGGACUCUGAUAUGGCAACUCUUUUAGUAUGGCUGGCCAAGAACCGCUCAAUAAGACAUCUGUCACUGGGCAAAAACUUCAACAAUAUCAAAUCAAAAAAUCUGGCUCCUGUCUUGGACAACCUGGUGCACAUGAUUCAAGAGGAAGAAUCGCCUUUGACAUCUCUCUCUUUGGCGGACUCCAAGCUAAAGACUGAUCUCACCAUUGUGCUGAACGCUCUGGGCAGUAACAGCUCUUUAACUCGUGUGGACAUCAGUGGGAAUGGAAUGGGAGACAUGGGAGCAAAGAUGCUGGCCAAAGCUCUGCAGAUCAACAGCAAACUCCGGACGGUCAUCUGGGACAGAAACAACAUCAGUCCACAAGGUCUUCAGGAUGUGGCAGCUGCAUUGGAGAAGAACUUUGCCAUCCGUUUCAUGCCCAUCCCCAUCAUAGAUGCAUCUCAGGCACUCAAAGCCAGCCCUGAGAAGACUGAGGAUGCGUUGCUAAAGAUUGAAAGUUACCUGUACAGAAACCAUGAAACCCGCAAGUACGUCCAAGAGCAAGCUUACCGACUCCAGCAGGGCAUUGUCUCCACCACCACACAGCAGAUGAUCGACCGGAUAUGUGUGAAAGUCCAGGACCAUCUCAACUCUCUGAAGACCACAGAGAAUGACACUAUCCAGGAGGAUGUCAGAAUGGCAGAGAACCUCAUGAAGGAUGCUAAAAACUCAAAAACACUUCUACCCAACCUGUACCACCUGGGCACUGCGUCCAGAGAGGAGGUGAGUGCCUCUUCAGUGGGACCCAUCCAGGCGAAACUGGACUCUAUGGCAGGAGAGGUGGCACGGGUCAUGGAUGAGCAGCUCCAGACACUGCUUGAGUCAAUGGUGGGUGCAGCCAUGGGUCUGUGUCCUCACGUCAUGAAGAAAUCCAACCUGCGGCAGGAUCUUAUCAAAGCCGGCAUGACUAAGAUGGUCGUUCCUCAAAGCUUCAUCAAGAACACACUCCUUGAGCAGUCUGGCAUCGAUAUCAUGAACAAGAUCAGUGAAGUGAAGCUCAGCCUGGCAUCAUUCAUCUCCGAUCGAAUUGUUGAUGAGAUUUUAGAGGCACUUUCCAGCUCACAGCAGACACUGGCUAUGCACCUGUCCGGGAAAGGGCGCCACAUGCCACAGCAGGAAUUUCUUGACAUGGACGUUCCCGAGGAGAAAGUUCCUAAACGUUCCACUACAGAGCUGAUGGAGGGGGAGAGGCUGGAUGACCUGGAGACCUGCAUGAUGACGCCCAAGUCUAAGAGAAAGAGCAUUCACAGUCGAAUGCUGAGGCCAGUCUCCAGAGCGUUUGAGAUGGAGUUUGACUUGGAUAAAGCUCUUGAGGAUGUGCCCAUUCACAUAGAAGACCCCUCCCCACCUCCUAAACUGGAAAAAAAGCCAUCUACAACCAUGGGAGAACUUCCCUCAGAGGAAUGCAAGAAACUACAACACUAUACCAAACUGAGGCCCAAGAGGAAUAAAAAUACCAAUUCCAGCAAGAUUCCACAGAUCAGCAGCACUCCAUCUCAGGAAGGAGAACACAAUGGGCUCAUGGGAAGGGUGGAUGAAGGAGUCGAUGAGUUUUUCUCUAAAAGAGUCACAAAAAUAUAUGAUAAACGGUCAACUCUAAAGAGUUCUGAGUCUCAAGACAGCGAUAAGAAACGAGAAUCACGCAAGGGUGGUUUCCUCAACCUUAUCAAGUCCCGGUCCAACAAAUAUGAUAAAGACAAGGACAAGGAGAAAAAUCAGGCCUCUGCUCCUUCCCCAGCUCCGACUCCAUCCCCUGCCCUGAGCCAGACAGCUCCUCUAGCUCUAGAGGAGCCCUCCUCCCCUAAGGGUCCUGUCCGGAGCCCACCAAUCGAUGCUAAAGCCAAAUCCCAGACCCCGCCUGCAAACCACAGCAGCAGCUCAGAGCGCUCGGAGGAGCCAAAGACUCCAGACUCGGUGGACUCUGAGCUGUCAGAGGGCAGUCCUCAGGGCAACCGCAGAUACGUGCAUGUGAUUGGCAGUGGACUGCUGGCCGAAAUGAAGGCCAAACAGGAGAAGAGGGGCCCCUUUAGCUCUCAAAAGGUAUCAGAGUCUUCCUCUAAUUCGGACAAACCAGAUGGACCACCAUUAGGAAAGGGUCAUUCUCCAGGGUUAAGCAAGACCGAGGGGAAUGUUAGCUCUCUAGAGAAAGUCUCUCGUGCUGCAGUGGAGGGCAAGCCCGAGAUGGCCCCGAGACCCAGGACAUUCACUGGCACCAAACCAGCCCUGGCAGCUCGACCUGCCAUCCCCCAGAAACCACGAACUGGCAGUGUGAGAAGCAUAGAUGAGAGCACUGAUUCUCCUACUGGAGGCCCCAAGGGCCCGGGACUACCACCACUGAGGAAGGUGCCCUCAGAAAAAGAGGGACCCAACAGUCCUUCAAAGACCAGCAAGAAUUCAGCUCAGGAAGCAGCAGAGCAGACGGCAGACAUUAGUGUGUUUGAAUCAGACUCUGAGCUGGCCUCCAGAUCUCGAGCCGCACCGCAGCAUUCAGAGGACGAGAGUCAUCCAGAGCACAGCACACCGCUCUCCAGGCCUGUGAGGAUGUCCACAGCAACUGAUUCCUCCCAGAAGUCCGCUCGAAUAAACUCUGAAGAGAGCAACUCUAAGGCCAAGGACAUGCCCCUCAGCAGCAACAAAGACAAGGACUCGAGUCAAAGCAGCAAGUCUGCUGACUCUGGAGAAGAAGUUGAUAAAGACUUUAUUUUUGUAUGAGAACGAAAGACCGCUUCACCGUGCAUCAUUCCAUCCUGCCAAUACAAACCUCACCAAAUUUUCUGACACCAACUUUCCCAACUGUAGCAUCCACAACCCUAAUAGGCAGGAAGUGUGAUUGUGUGUGGAUGUGUGUUUUGAAUCAAUGUGUGCAUGCUUGCAUGCUUAUUUCCACCAUUCUUAAACUGCUAUAUGACGUGUUUAGGAAGCGACUUGGUUGCAUUGUAGCACAUUCAGUACCAGGGCUCAAGCACUGUUAGACUAUGUGUGCUUAUACUGUAUUAAAAUACCCUUUACACGCUCUUAAAGCAGCAGACGAGUCUGAUUCUGUUCUGUCCGUUUAACCCUUAUGCCUUAGUCACACUGUACUGUAAUCUGAGUCAAAGCAGGACACCGAGGCAUUUCAUUUUCUACCGUUAGAAAAUAUAUCUCUGGAGACAUAAUGAAUAUUAUCUUUUUAACAGUGUGUGUCCAGUUUUAUCUGCUUAAGUUUCCGGCUUCAUUCCGAGGUGUGUCCAUCCAGGGGUCUGUUGGUUUCUUUUCUGUAAUUGUAAAGUAAUGGAUGAAAUCCGUUUCAUUUAUUUUACUUUUUCUCAGUUAACUGUAUUUUAAAGAUAGUAUAUAAUAAUAAAAAUAUAUAUUAUUAUUUACUUGCUCUUAUGCCAUUCCAAUUCGGUAUGCUGUUGUUAUUUUUCAUUUGUAUUUUUUUGUGGAACACAGAAGUAGAAAUUUUAUAGUAUUCAGGGGCCGUCAAUCUCCAAAAACACCAAAAAAGCCCCAUAGAAGUAUUACACAAGUAGUCCGUUCGACUAUAUACACAUAUAUGCACUAUACUGUAUAUUUUUUGUUAUUUUUAUAGUUGUCUUUUGAAGCCAUACAAUAUCUUUGUGUGUGGAGUAGACCGAACUAAAUCGUUCAAUGAUUAUCUUCCUUUCAAAUACUUUUAUGGUGUUUUUAAUGGUGUUUUUUGUCUUUUCUUGAAAAAAUAUAAAAGCAUAUGAGUUUGGAACGAUAAGAGGCUGGGUAUAAAAUGACAUUGGGUCUGUUCCAAAACCUAGUGAGAGUCCUCCAGCGGCAGCAAUUAAGACAUUACAGUGCUCCUGAGGAUGAGUGGAUACAAUGACACCCGGUACGGAGAGGUUUGGCGACCACGUGUUAAAUUUGUACAGCGAUGAUUUCACCUCUAAAGAAUUAAAUUGUGCCAAAAAAUUACUAAAACAGCAAUUGCGAGUGGGGUGGCCAAUGGUGUUUUUAGGUUUCUGUCCAUGGUGGCCACAGCCACCCCUGGCCACCUCCUAGCUCCGCCACUGCUCACUAAGUUUUGGAACAGACCCUUAGAUUUCAUUUUAGGGUCUUGUUGACAAUUAUUUUACUUUUAGUCUUUUCUCCUGGUCUGUCUAAUUGCACUGGAUUUUCUCUUCUGGUUUUAUGUCAUAAUGAAUAAUAUUUUAUGAAUUGUGGGAGAAAAAAAAAUAGCAUUUGAUUUUUUUUUUUCCUCCAAAACAGACAACUAUAUGUAUUUGUCACUUUGUCAGUAUGUUUGAUAUGCAUGUUUGUGUGUUUGUGUGUGUGUGUGUGUGUUCGUUCAAUUGACCUGUUUCAUGUGACAUCACUGAAUGACCGCACCGCCAUGUUUGUGACCAAUAUUCCAUGUACAUUCAAUGUUCUGUGGGAUGCGACAAAAACCUUCUUCAAAUGUUAAAAGCAGCUCCUACGUUCAUACAGAUGAGAUCAUUACAGACAUGUUUUAAUACUAGAAAACAACACAAAAGCAAUUGUAACUUCUGAUUGAGUGAUGUUUACGGUGAUGUAUCAGUGGGCAUGUGUACUCACCGGUCACACAUCAGACUCGCUGGCGUACGGCUAUGAAUCAUGGAUAAAAUAUUUUUAAAUGUUGUGGAAGUUCAAUUUGCCAAUAUUUGUGCUAUCUUCAGACCUGGAUGAAUUUUCCUGGGACUUUGCAUGGAUCAAAAGCUAUUUUUGAUGUUUUUUUAUUUAUUUAUUUUUUAUUCCUUCACCGCCAUUGUUUCCUCCCGCUGAUGGUCACAAAUAUGGCAGCUGUGGAGAAAAGUGGCAUCACUGAAAAAGGUUAAUAUGUUUGUUUCAAGGGCACAGAAAAAGCCUUGACUAAACUAAACUGCACUGUUCAUAAUGAUUCGUCAAUGAAAAUCUUUUUAGUCUAGGACUUAACCUAAUCUGUGUCUGAAAAAGGCAGAUUGAAUAGAUAAAGUAUUUGAUCGUGAAAUAUUACCAUUUAAUAUGUGUGAAAUGGCAUGUAUGUAUGUGUACACAGAACAUCUAAUGAAAAGGUACUAAUCAUAAUGCUGAAUAAAGUGCAAAUUGUCAUUUUAAGAUUAUUACGACUUGUGAUUGGUGCCGCUUUUUUAACCGACACAACUGGCUCUUCCUCCUGAAUUGGAAUGUAAAUUCUGUUGAUAUAAUGCUUGGCAGUUUCUAAUCAUUUUGUUAAUGCACACUGCUGGGCACAAUGAAUUAAUAUUUUCUUUAUGGGAAAGGGCAAAUGUGAAAAGAAUAUAAAUGUAUGUGGUCAGUGUUGAUAUUAAAAUGAAAUCUUGUUUUUCUUUAAUAGUGUUUUUUCAGAGCAGCAGUCUCUUCUACUCUUUCUUUGUUUGUCAUGCAGUAUUUUGAUUCACUGGUUUGGGGGGAUAAUCAUGAGGUUGACUCUUUAAUGUUUUACACUCAUGUUCUAUCAGUCGUGGACAUUUUAUUGGUGUGUCU